ACACAGAGAAAGAGAUGGAAGACAAACAAAGAGAGUUAGGAGGAGAAGAGAAAGAAGAAGAACAUGCCAAAGUGGAAAUCUGGAAAUAUGUGUUUGGGUUUGUCGAAAUCGGGGUGGUAAAAUGUGCCAUUGAGCUUGGAAUAGCUGAUGCAAUUGAAAGCCAUGGCAGCCCCAUGACACUCCUAGAGCUAUCAUCUGCUCUAAGAUGUGAUCCUUCUCCCCUUUACCGCAUCAUGAGGGUCCUAGUCCACCUCAAAAUAUUCAAAGAAAAACCAGCAACCCAAUUAGGCCCCAAAGUUUAUGCACAAACACCUUUGUCCAAACAGCUAUUGAAAUCCGGAGAAAACAGCAUGGCUGCUUUAAUUUUGCUAGGGAAUAGCCCGGUAGUGCUAGCACCGUGGCAUGGCCUAAGUGCUCGAAUUCAAGGUAUUAGCAAUCCAGCAUUUGAAGCAGAACGUGGAGAGGAUAUAUGGAGCUAUGCCGCGGCCAAUCCUGAUCACAGCAAGCUUUUCAAUGAAGCAAUGGCUUGUGAUGCAAGGGUGGCUGUGCCUGCAGUGAUUGAAAGUUGUUCAGAGGUGUUCAAAGGGAUUGAGAAAAUCGUAGAUGUGGGCGGGGGUGAUGGGACUACUUUGCGCUUGUUAAUUGAGGCAUGUCCUUGGAUUCGAGGCAUCAACUUUGAUCUUCCUCAUGUUGUGUCUGUUGCUCAGGAGUGUGACCGCAUUGAGAAUGUUGGAGGUGACAUGUUUGAUUUUGUUCCAAAGGCUGAUGCUGUAAUUAUGAAGUGGGUUCUUCACAACUGGGGAGAUGAUGAGUGCAUCCGUAUCCUUAAGAAGUGCAGGGAAGCUAUUCCGGCGGAUAAAGGGAAGGUGAUAAUUGUAGAAGCGGUUAUCGAUGAAAAAGAUGAGAAAGAGGACAUCAAACUAACAAAUGUGAGAUUGAUGCUAGACAUGGCGAUGAUGGCCGCUACACAAAUAGGAAAAGAAAGGACCUUGAAGGAAUGGGGAUAUGUUCUUGCGGACGCUGGCUUUAGCCAACACACUAUCACACCUAUUCAUGCUGUCCAAUCCGUUAUUCAGGCUUUUCCUUAAAUUUAGAGAACAAAAAGUGUUAGUACCACUUUGCAAAACCCAAGUGAAGGUGUUGUAUAGUAGUGUAGCUUGGAAGUCCGAGUGUCGUAUCCACAAGUGUUUGUGGUUGAAAUAAGAGAUGUGAAGGAAAGAGAUGUGCAAUAUUAGGCAGGUAGGGUUUCCAUAAAAGAAGUUGUUCUCGCAAGGUGCCAAAUGAAUUUCGUUUCCAGGAUCCACCUUAUCAUCAACGCACUGUGCACAGAGGAUAUUUUGAACAGUUGUAUGCUUUUGUGUUUGCCUGAUAAUGCAAAGGUAAAAAGAAAAAAAGCAUGAGUAUGAACUGAUUGGAUAUCAGUAGGCCAAACUUGGCCUUUUAUAAGGCAGUUAAUUUCCGCUUGAAUCACAUCUGAUGGAUCUUAUGAUAAUCUCUUGAAAAUAAGUUUUCAAUAAAUAAGUGAUUCUUGU